AUUAGUUUUCCGACUUUGCUUUAUAUAUUUUAAAAUUGCUGACUCCAAAGUAUCUUACGAUAAACUCUUUUAACCUAAUACAAUAUAUAUUUUUUAAAGGUAUUUACUGUGGUAUUUACAGUACCUACAGUUCUGAAUGUAUGGUUUCAAAAGGAAAAUAUGCCAUGCCGCCUAAGCAUGCCGCAAAUAAACAAUAACAACUUUUAAUUUAUAUUAGAGCUCCUAUAAUAUCAUACUGAAGUACUUUUCGAUACUAUUCGAUAAUGGCACUAUACAGAAAUUUGUACAAGGCGGGUUCUGUAGCGAUACACUUUCACCCCGCGGGGUCGGUGAAGUGCGCGCGGCCGCCGAUCAAUGCCAUUCCAUUCGUCGGUUUAGCCAGUGCGACGACGGUAUCGUCCAGUAAGAGGAAAAUGGCUGACAAACUAACUCAAGCAGAGCGAGACACACAGCUUCAGGCCCUCCUCCAGGCUGGCUGGAAGCUGCAAAGUAACAGAGAUGCCAUAGAAAAGGAGUACCAAUUCAAGAACUUCAAUGAAGCCUUUGGGUUUAUGACAAGAGUGGCUUUGCUGGCUGAGAAAAUGGAUCACCACCCUGAGUGGUUCAAUGUUUACAAUAAGUUGCAAGUAACUUUGUCUUCCCACGAUGUGAACGGAUUGAGCAAACGGGAUCUCAAGAUGGCCAGUUUUAUGGAUAAGAACUUCAGUUAAGGUACUUAUGAAGACAAUACAGUGUUUAUGUGGUUGAAAGUAUAAUAAUAUUGCAUAUUUUAAAAUAUUUUGUGUAAGCAUUUAACCAAAACAAAGUUUUUUUUGUUAAUAAUAUAUUUUAUUGAUGUAUUACAAAGUUUCAUAAUUUCAAAACCUA